UUGGACCGUGCGGGGAGUGCCGAGUUGCUGAAUCAGAUGUUGAUUUGUGUUUACUGUUUCCUGGUGAGUGCAAUCGAGUAGAAUUGAGAAAGAGUCGGACAAGAACUUGGUCGGCGGCAAAUUGGCAGGAGACCAAAAACAUUGGGAACGUCGAUGAACAGCGAUGCAACGGAGGCUGCACUCGGUCUCCUCAGCCUCUCUCCUCUGAACAACAACACAAUCCCUCAAAUCAGAAAACCAGUACAAAUACCGACACCAAGACCACCGCCAACGACAACACCAACACAACCAGCGCUAUCAGCUAGCCCUCCUCUUCCAGACGCAGAUGCUAUCAGCUGCAUAUGUGGUUUUCUCUUUGACGAUGGUUUCAGCAUUGCCUGCGACGUCUGCUCUCGUUGGUGCCAUGCAGCAUGCUUCGAUAUUGUCGAGGGAGAGGUACCAGAAGAGUGGCGUUGUUGGGACUGCGAUCCCCGUCCUGUUAACCGUGACCGUGCAGUUCGCCUCCAGAGGCAACGUAUUACAGAGAUGCACGUCAGGGAGAGGGAGAGAGACAAGGAAAAAGAUAGAGACAAGGGCAAAAAACGAGAUAGAGCAGGGUCGCCCGUACAACGGCGACGAGCCAGCGCUGCUGCCAUCGAGGGCUCUGGAAAUACAAAGAAGAAACGUAGAGCAUCUAUCAUAUCCCCGUCGACGCCGCACCCACCGCCGACGCCAAUACUGCAGGGGGAAGAUGAGCCGGUCGACAUCGACGAACCGUGGUCUCUAUCCUACGUCCCUAUCACUAAAGACAUCGUUACGACAGAAGCCCAUGCCAGACUCCGCAGACAAGCCCAGGCAUGGCGGGGCAUCACCGCCCUCUCACCACCCAUACAUCCCAACCGCACACAAAUCCACUCAGUCCCACCUACACCAUCUCCAAGUCAGCUGCAUACCAACCCCCUCGUUCGCCCGCCCACCUACAGUCUCCACACAACUACGCCGGUCCCUUCGUCGAGCUACAUUGCCCCGUUUACCUGCGCUAUCACCCCGAGCGCCUCUUACCUCGCCGACCCGCUCAAUGCGUACGCCCACCUUGGCAUGCCGAAGCCAUUCGUGCACCUUAUGGGUCCACCGCUGGACGUCGCCCUCGAUGCGAGAGUUGUUGGUGACGAGGGACGCUUUGCCCGGAGUGGGUGUCGUCCAAAUGCAGUGUUGAGGCCCUUACUGUGCCGUAAGGCAAAGGAUGAGUCCAAGGCAAAGGAAUCAUCCGAGAAAGAGAGGACAGAAAGCGUGAAGAAGGAGAGGAGGGAAAGCGGGAAGAAGAAGAAGAGUGACAAGACAGACUCAGAUGAAGAAACCCUAACAUUUGGCGUAUUCGCACUGCGCGACCUCAAAGCCAACGAAGAAGUCGUUCUCGGUUGGGAAUGGGACGACGGAAACGCAGUGCACAGUCUUCCAGCGCUCAUCGAGAGCCCACAUUUGUUCUCUUCCACAUUCACAACGUGUGCAUGCGGUGCCCGCGCAAGGGACUGCGUUUUGAAUGUCAUGGCGCAGUAUGUUGACAGCGAGCUUGAUGCAUCUAGUGUCACGUGUGCGGCAGGGCAGCCUAUGAAUGGUACGGGCGGGAUUAUGAAUGGGAAUGGGGCGAGGCAGGCAGGAGAGGCGGAUGCUGGGGAUGGGUCGAGCUCAGACAAGGAGAAUUGGGGACAUGAUUCUGAGCGAACUGUGGUGGGUCUUGGAAUCCAGAUGAACGCGAACUCGACUAGUACCAACGGGAACGGUGCCAAUAUCAACACAAACGGUUUGAAUGGAAACACACCGUCAUCAUCGGCAUUCACCCGGAAAAUUGACCUCGGUCCGCUGAUUGGCGCGAAACGCGGCUUUAGGACACGGGAGAAGGUGCCACUUGGCGGGGGCGUUGGUGGUGUGGAGAUGGUUCCGUCGGGAUCGGGGGUCAGUUUUGGCGCUGGGUCGACUGAGAGGUUUGGUGCUGAGUUGAGUGGGGACUUUGAUGCUGGGUCGAGUGGUAGGUUAUCGAGCGCAGGACCCGACGCAUGGCCUUCAAGUUUCAAUACUCCCGCCGAGUCUUCGGGCUUGGGACCCAAUGGAGGACCAUCGAAUUGGCGCCCUACGAUUUCUACCUCGAGUCAGUCACGAACUUCGAAUUGCACGAGGACAAGCGAUAGGAAGGGCAAGCGGCGUGCUCCAGAGGAGACAGACAUGGAUGCAGAUGUGGACGUGGAAGGCGACGUAUUUCAUUUAUCCGUGCAGGCCCUACUCCCGACUCGAUGGACGUCAACGAGGAGAAUAUUCCACCAAGGAUGCGUAAGAGGUGGAUGCAUACUGUGUCUGUGUCCGCGUCGCAUGAUCGUGAUGAGCGUGCCUCUUCGCGGAAUAAGAGAAAUUUUGUUUCUAUCAACGCACAGAGUCCAUCUGGUCCGCAUGGACAACAUGGUCAAAGCCUAUUGGGAGUGCAUGUACAUAGUUCACCAGUAUUGAGUGGACAUAGUCCACCUGCUCCGGUGUCUACGACAGACUGGAGAAGCCCGACAUUACUCUCAGCGGACAGUCCAGCACCAACAUCUGGAGACAGCCCUUCACCACCAUCCCCCGAGAGCACUGUAGAUGGAAUGGAUAUCGAUAUGAACGAUACGUUCUCUGACAUUCGUCAAAUGCCACCACCACCAAUGCCGGCAGCUCUCGACCCCACCACCAUUUCCUCCGUCGCAUUCGCAUCCGUCUCGCCUUCAGCAACCUUCUCAAAACUAUCUCUUCUGUCACCCGUUCUGCCU